CUUAUCUGUAGGCGUGUCGAAGAAAUCCAAUUAUAUCAAGAAAAAUAACUACUGGAACAUUUCCGUCUCCGUUCAAUUAAAUAAUUAAUUAGUGUAAUCAAUUACCGAUCACUGAUUCGCUGUUUGUUUCUGAAUACGAAUAUCACAUCCUGUUGACAGAAAAGAAAUUUCUUCAUUCAGAUGUGCCUUUGAUAUUUUCAUCAACCUUUAUUGACUAAAGGAAAACGAGAUAUCUAUAAGGACAUUCAUCAAUACAUCGACCUCUUUAUAUGAAGAAAAAUCUAUGAAAGAAUAUUGCAAAAUAUUUCUUCUGGAUAAUGGAUUUUCGUGCAAUUUCGUGUCGUUGCUGUCUGGAAUAUAGAGGAGAUGAUUGCUUUACAGGUUAAUUAAGCUUGGAUACCUUUACAAAGGAGUUGACAGUUUUCCCCUGUUGAUUUAGGUGUUAAAUAAGAUCACAGCUGAACGAAACAUAGCAUUAAAUCAUUCUCUGAAAAUAGUGAUUCAACUGAACCCAAACACAUUCAUAGAAAUGAAAAAGACACUUUCAUUGGAAUACGUAUGGAAAGUUAUUCUCUCAUAAUGAAUGAUUUAACUAAACCAAAAAACACUGUUGCAGGAGAGAAACCAUAUCACUGUAAUAUCUGCAGUAAAUCAUUCUCUUGUAUUAGUGCCUUGAAUAUACACAAACGUACACAUACCGGAGAGAAGCCAUAUCAUUGCGAUAUCUGUGGUAAAUCAUUCUCUACAAGUAGUCACUUGACAGCACACAGACGUAUACAUACAGGAGAGAAGCCAUAUCAUUGUGAUAUUUGUGGCAAAUCAUUCUACACAAGUGGUCAAGUGACUUGUCACAAACGUAUUCAUACUGGAGAAAAGCCAUAUCAUUGUAAUAUCUGUGGUAAAUCGUUCUCUCAGAGUUAUCAUUUGACUAAACACAAUCUUACACAUACAGGAGAGAAGCCAUAUCAUUGUGAUAUCUGUGGUAAAUCAUUCUCUCAUAAUAGUGCCUUGACAAGACACAAACGUACACAUACCGGAGAGAAGCCGUAUCAUUGCGAUAUCUGUGGUAAAUCAUUCUGUGGAAAUGGUGACUUGACUACACACAAACGUACACAUACAGGAGAGAAGCCAUAUAAUUGCGAUAUCUGUGGUAAAUCAUUCUCUAAGAACGGUCACUUGACUACACACAAGCAUAGACAUACAGGAGAGAAGCCAUAUCAUUGCGAUAUAUGUGGUAAAUCAUUCUCUGGAAGUAGUCACUUGAGAAUACACAAACUUACACAUACAGGAAAGAAGACGCAUCAUUGUGAUAUCUGUGGUAAAUCAUUCUAUCAAAGUAGUGCCUUGACUACACAUAAACGUACACAUACAGGAGAGAAACCAUAUAAUUGCGAUAUCUGUGGUAAAUCAUACUCUCUACGUGGUACAUUGACUGGACACAAACGUACACAUACUGGAGAGAAGCCAUAUCAUUGUGAUAUUUGUGGUAAAUCAUUCUCUGAAAGUGGUCACUUGACUAGGCACAACCGAACACAUACAGGAGAGAAGCCAUAUCAUUGUGAUAUCUGUGGUAAAUCAUUCUCUGUAAGAUAUCACUUGACUAAGCACAAACGUACACAUACAGGAGAGAAGCCAUAUCAUUGUGAUACUUGUGGUAAAUCAUUCUCUGACAGUGGUGCCUGGACAGCACACAAACGUAAACAUACAGGAGAGAAGCCAUUUCAUUGUGAUAUUUGUGGCAAAUCAUUCUACAGUCGUGGUCAAUUGACUUAUCACAAAUAUAUUCACGCUGGAGUAAAACCAUAUCAUUGCAAUACCUGUGGUAAAUCAUUCUUUCGAAUUGGUACCUUGAUUAGUCACAAACGUACACAUACAGGAGAGAAACCAUAUAAUUGCGAUAUUUGUGGUAAAUCAUUCUCUGGAAGUAGUCAAUUGACAUCACACAAACGUACACAUACAGGAGAGAAGCCCUAUCAUUGCAAUAUUUGUGGUAAAUCAUUCUCUGGAAGUAGUCAAUUGACAUCACACAAACGUACACAUACAGGAGAGAAGCCCUAUCAUUGUGAUAUUUGUGGUAAAUCAUUCUCACAAAGUGGUGAGUUGACAUCACACAAACGUACACAUACAGGAGAGAAGCCAUAUCAUUGUGAUAUUUGUGGUAAAUCAUUCUCCGGAGGUAGUCAAUUGAUAUCACACAAACGUACACAUACAGGAGAGAAGCCAUAUCAUUGUGAUAUUUGUGGCAAAUCAUUCUACACAAGUGGUCAAUUGACUCGUCACAAACGCAUUCAUACUGGAGUAAAACCAUAUCAUUGCAAUACCUGUGGUAAAUCAUUCUCUCGAAGUAGUGUCUUGAUUAUUCACAAACGUACACAUACCGGAGAGAAACCAUAUCAUUGCGAUAUCUGUAGUAAAUCAUUCUCCUAUAGUGGGUGCUUGACUACACACAAACGUACACAUACCGGGGAGAAGCCAUGUCAUUGCGAUAUCUGUGGUAAAUCAUACUCUGAUAGUACUACGUUGACUAGGCACAAACGUUUGCAUACAGGAGAGAAACCCUAUCAUUGUGAUAUUUGUGGUAAAUCAUUCUCUCAGAACGGUCACUUGACUAAACACAAUCUUACACAUACAGGAGAGAAGCCAUAUCAUUGCGAUAUGUGUGGUAAACCAUUCUCUAGAAGAGGUGACGUAACUAGUCACAAACGUUCACAUACAGGAGAGAAGCCCUAUCACUGUGAUAUCUGUGGGAAAUCAUUCUCUCGAAGUAGUGCCUUGACUCAACAUAAACGUAUGCAUACAGGAGAGAAACCAUAUAAUUGCGAUGUGUGUGGUAAAUCCUUCUCACAAACUUGUAAGUUGACGAUACACAAGCGCACACAUACCGGAGAGAAGCCAUAUCAUUGUGAUGUAUGUGGUAAAUCAUUCGCACAAAGUGCGCACUUAACGAUACACAAACGUACACAUACCUGAAAGAAGCCAUAUCAUUGUGAUAUCUGUGGUAAAUCAUUCUCUGAAAGACAUUCUGUAACUAAACACAGACGUACGCAUACAGGUGAGAAGCCAUAUCAUUGUAAUAUCUGUGGUAAAUCAUUCUCUCAAAAUAUUCACUUGACUAAACACAAAUGUACACAUACAGUGUGAUACAAGUAGUAAAAAAUUAUAAACAUAUUCAUCGAAGAGAAAAACCAUAUGACUGUAAUGUCUGUGGUAAAUCGUUUUCUCAAAAUAGUAGCGUAACUAAACAAACAUAUUCACUCAGGAGAUAAGCCAUAUCAUUGUGAUAUCUGUGGUAAAUCACUCUCCCAAAUAAGUGUCUUGACUAAACACAGACUUACGCAUACAGGGGAGAAGGCAUAACAUUGCAAACUGUGGUAAUUCUGUUUCUGAAAAUGGUGUUUGAACUAUACACAAACAUGUUUAUAUGAGAGAGAAACUAUGUCUUUGUAAUACUUAUGGUUAAUCAUUUUCUCAUAGACCUAACUUUACUGUACAUGAACUCAUUCCUAUAGGAGCCAAGCCAUCCUGAUGUGACUUCUGCGGCAAAUCAUUUUCUCAUAAAAGACGCAUCCUUUCACACGCAAGUGUAAAUGCCUCAAUGUUAAGAUUUAUUACAUGACAAGAAUUAAGACUAUUUUGCUAGCUAAAACACAGUGUUUUUUCCUUCAUUAAUUUCAGUAUUGUCACUGCGAACCUCAAAUUUGUCAUCAUCUGUAAAAAUAUUGACUCUGAGAUAACUUGAUUACUGAAAAUACCUGUGGUUGGAUUUUUAGGAAUUUUUUUCUAAAGAAUACUGAAUAAAAAGUUAAACUGUAA